GAGUGCUUGUCUGGUUGCACAAAGCUCUGGGUUCAGGGUCAGCACCGCAUCAUCCCAGCACUCAGGAGAGGAGAUAAGAAGGUCAGGAAUUCAGUGUCGUCCCUGGCUACAUAGUGAUUGCAAAGGAUAUGACACUCUGAGAAACAAAAAGCAGCUGGCCAAGUAUUCAUCACUUGACCUACCUAAAUUGAUACUCAAAUCAAGGCAGUUUAGACAUUUACUUAGAAGAAAACAUUUUGGUUUGGGUUUUGAGCCCCAGGUGGUCUGGAGGUUACUAUGUGGACCGGGCUGGCCUCAGUCUUGAGAUAUCUGUCUGCCUCUGCCAAGUCCUGGGAUUAAAGGCAUGCGCCACCACGCCCGGCUGUGAAAACAUUUCUUUUUAAGACUAUAAAAGAUCAAAAAUAGCAAAAAUCUCUCUGGUCCAGUAUUGAGUAUAUUUAACAGGUAACAUGAAAAGACCACCUAAGACUUUACAGUUUGUGCACGUUUGCAAGAUUGUUAUCUGUGCUGUUGAUAAAGCUUUACUGUUGUGCAAAUAAUUUUUUGUGUUUGUGUUUUCAGAUCUGAAGGGAUAAAAUAACUCAUCUCUAAAAGAGUAUUCCCUAGCAUUUGAAAUGCUUUUUAUGUAGAACAGUAGUAAAAAUGGAAAAAGAGAAACUAAGUGAUGAUGGAAAACCAGACCCAGAAAAUCCUUUGGACUUUUCUGAACAGUUAAACCAACUUGAAUUGCUGGAAACCCAUGGGCACCUGAUUCCCACUGGCACUCAGAGUCUCUGGGUAGUCAAUUCCGAUGAGGACGAGGAGCAAGAUGAAAGGAACGAGGAAUGGUAUCAACUGCAGGAGAAGAAGAUGGAGAAUGAUCCUGGCAAAUUGCUGCUUUGGGCUGCUGAAAAGAAUCGGCUUGCUACAGUGCAGAGGCUGCUUUCUGAGAAGGCCACUCAAGUGAACACGAGGGAUGAGGAUGAGUACACCCCUCUUCAUCGAGCGGCCUACAAUGGACACCUGGACAUUGUCCGGGAGCUGGUAGCACAGGGGGCGGAUGUUCACGCAGUGACUGUCGAUGGCUGGACACCCCUGCACAGUGCUUGUAAGUGGAACAACACCAGAGUGGCCUCUUUCCUUCUGCAGCACGACUCAGACAUCAACGCUCAAACAAAAGGCCUCUUGACCCCUUUGCAUCUCGCUGCUGGGAACAGAGAUGGCAAGGACACCCUGGAGCUCCUCCUGAUGAACCGCUACAUCAAGCCGGGGCUGAAGAACAGCUCUGAGGAAACUGCAUUUGAUAUCGCCAGGAGGACCAGCAGCUAUUACUACCUCUUUGAAAUGGUGGAAGAUUGUACAAACUCUACACCUCCAUCUUAAUGGUUCUAGAAACUUCUUAGGCUUCUAAGUACCAGUGCCUCCUUUGUAUGCGAUAUAAAAUGUUUCCAUAAUACAGAGUCAACAUCAGAUGUCUCUACAGAAAUUCUGUUGUACUCAUCGCAGUGUUCUUACAAGUGACCUCCCGACCUCGAUGUCAGACGUAUUUGAAAGUGUUUGAAAGCAUCUUUAGUGAUUUCUAUGGUGUUUGUGGUUUUCAUCGCAAGUAACUUACGUAUACUUAAAAACUUGACACGGGUAGUUCAAAAACUAAGUCUAUUUUUGGUGCUGAUCCAAGAGAAAUGUAUUUUUCAAUAUCCCACAUCCUGGGUCUUUGUUGAGUGUUUACUAUACUGCCUGUAUUUUUCUAAACUAACCCCCGAUUUUCCAGUAUUCAGCACCUGGUGCAGUCAGCUUCCCACAUCAUCCCAGCAGCGUUAAACCAGAAACACUGACACAGAAAUAUUGAAAACCUAGAUGUUUUGUUUUUUAAGAUGUAGGCCAUUCUGAGGCAAGCUGUUAGCAGGGCGUUUAAACCUUGAUGUCUGACACUGCCUACCCGCCUACCCCAUCAUGCUUCUCACAAUCCUGUGGACAGUCCUACCUCACCCUGGUUAGCCAACAGGAUCCUUUUUGGGACCGGUCAGUGUCUUCACUUAGACAUGCACAGAACUACCUUGAUCCCCGUGAUGGUAAUGUAUCUGCCCUCUGAGUGGCUCCCUCGCCUCUUUGGUCACUACUGAGUAUAGACUCUUGAGUUCCUAGAAACAUUGACAUCCCAUACCUCCAAGCAGGGUCCUCCUCGUUCUCUACAAACUGUGACUAAGGGAAGGUGAGAAGUGGGGAGAUGAUUAUCCUAUGGGAUGAGAACACCAGGCUCAAGCUUUCUUACAGACAACUAAUAUGGACAGUGACCAAAAGCAUAAAUACAAAUAAAGUACAAGUUUUGACAAUGCA